UUAGCACGUGUUCAUAAACAAUUUUACAUGAUAGAGGGGGAACAUAAGAACUUAUUGUAGUGAUUUGUAGUUUUGGAUUCUAACCCCUACUUAACUUUGGUAGUUUUGCAGCUCAGGCGCUUGUUUUAACAUGGGGACUGAAACUAAUAAAGACGAGCGUAACACUCCUGAGUAUCUAGCACAGCUACUCAAAGACAAAAAGCAGAUACAGGCUUUUCCCAACGUUUUUGUGCAUUUAGAAAAACUUUUAGACGAAGAAAUCAACAGAGUCAGACUUCAGUUGUUUCAUCACAAAGGCAAUGGCCGCAUCCCUCUUGAACUUCCAGAACCUAUUGGUCCUGUCCAAACAGUGUCGGAAAAGCUGUACGUCCCAGUCAAAGAACACCCAGAGUUUAACUUUGUGGGGAGGAUAUUGGGACCUCGAGGAAUGACAGCAAAAGAACUAGAACAGUACACAGGUUGUAAAAUAAUGGUUCGAGGAAAAGGCUCAAUGCGAGACAAAAAGAAGGAAGAACAGAACAGAGGAAAACCUAACUGGGAGCACCUGAAUGAAGAGCUCCAUGUGUUGAUAACUGUAGAGGACACUCUCAACAGGGCAGAGGUCAAAAUGGCCAAGGCUAUGGAGGAGGUCAAGAAGCUUCUAGUACCCGCUCCGGAAGGAGAGGAUGAUUUGAAGAAAAUGCAAUUGAUGGAACUGGCCAUCUUGAAUGGGACAUAUCGCGAUUCCAAAGCAAUCCCUCUAGCUCGUAAGUCUCAGCCCUGUCUCAGACAGGCUAACCCCGAUGGCGAGGAUGAUCUUAAGAAACGUCAGCUGAUGGAACUGGCUAUCAUCAACGGAACGUAUAGGGACACAUCUAAACCGGCCACUUCCCAGGCCGGCCCAGGCGGUCAAUCUGCCUCUUCUCAUGCCUUUGGACUACCCUGGAAUGCACAACUUCAAACCAUGCAAAUGUUGGGUCAAUUCGAUGCCAGUGGAAUCGACCAUAAGAGCAUACUCAAGACUUCUUCAGAGGCCCCACGCUUUCUGACAGCAGCUUCACCCCUGACAGCGGGGAUCACCGCAGCCACUCAUCUUCGUUCUCCCACCCCAGCAGGUGCCCCCCUCAUUCUGGCUCCAAGAAUGCCUCAGGUUGCCACUAGCUCAGCAUCCAUGAUGAACCCACCCCCCUUGGUGUCCCCUACAGAUACGGCGGGAACAGGGCUGGUGUACAAUCCUUACGAAUACCCCUACUCCCUACAGCCAACGGCAGCCAUUGUUGAGUACCCCACCUCUUUUGAGCAGACGGCAGCCGGUGCUGUGCCUAAGAUCCGCAGAACCCUGGACAGCGUAAGGACACACCCCUAUACUAGGGUAGCCCUUCCAUAAUUUAGUAGGAAGCUGUGCCUACGAAACUAACUCAAACCCACCAGAACACUUGAAAAAGAACAAAGACCUACAAAAAAAACACUUUGGAUCAGGGGCCUACUGAAGGCAGCAGCGCACGGCACCUAACAUUGUCGUCCAUGAAGUUCUACUCACAAUAAAACAAAGCUGACAUCUUGGUGUGUGGGAAUUAUCCAACAAAAAAAAAUAUUGCUGGAUUUUAUACAAAGGCUGCCUUCCUAGCAAAACUGCAACCACUAACAUGCCUUAUAUUUAUAAAAUUAUAUAUAUAUCUAUAUAUGUUCUGGCAGAAAAUUUUUUUGACUUCAUUUGGAUCAUUGAGAAAGUGUGAGUUGUGUUUAUUUUUUAAAACUAAAGGUCUAAUUUUGAAAAUGGAUCAAAGUGUUUUUGAACACUUAUUUUGUGAAAUUGAGGUUGAAAUGAGGUCAACUGAGAACCGUCCUUGUGCCAAUAAUAAAAAUCAUGUAGAAAAAAACUAAGUGCCUGACAAUUUAUACUCUUCAGAACUAAUGUAGACUAACAUUGUUUAUGUAUCUUUUUUUGUUGUUAAUGAAUGUUCAUUGGUGUGCAACAAGGAAUAUGCUAUGUCAUUUAUUUUUUUCAUUAUUGAAAAUUAACUUUUUUUUACAUGCCUUUCACAUCAAGAAUUUAGAUGAGAUUAACAGUUUGUAUUAUACAUAUAAAACACUGUCUGUAAAGAAUAAUUUAUACCUCCCAAUCUGUUUUCACAAUUUGUACUAUCAUACAUACUCUUAACUCUCAGUAUAGAACAAAAUUAAGUGUGGCUAGCAUUAAUGACAGGUAUACAAGUACUUAACAAUUUGUGCUGAUGAAGAAUCUUGGAAAUAUAUCUUGCAAGAAAAGGCCCUAGACUUAUCAAUAUUCAUACAUUGAUAUUAUAUUUUAUUGAUAUCUGAGUUUAUAUUAUAUGUUUUGUAAGCAUAAUGUUUUAAGUUUUAAUGAACAAAUGAGCUUAAAAUCAAAUUAUUAUUUUUUUUCAAUGAGGCUAUCAUG